AUGAUCAUCACCGACCACAAACCAUUGCUUGGCCUGUUUGCUCCCCACCUUCAGACGCUACAAAUCCUUUCUCCGUGGGUACUGCGAUGGUUGAUGUUCCUAAAUGCGUAUUCGUUCGACCUUGUUCACUGGCCAGGCCGUUCUAUUGGCCAUGCCGAUGGCCUCAGCCGUCUACCCAUCGUCGCCGAUGACCCUGACCCAGCUCCAGCCCACGACACAUUACUGCUUGAGGCCCUCCCGGAACCGCCACUGCAAUCCUCCGACAUAGCUGCGCAGUCCUCCAGGGAUCGCACUAUCGCACAGGUCCUCAACUGGGUGUGGAGGGGCUGCCUGCUCUGGGGUAACCGUGUUGUUGUCCCCGCCAAACUACAUCACAAAGUGAUGGAGGCUCUACAUAUGUGCCACCCGGGCAUGGUCUGUAUGAAAGCUGUGGCACACAGCUAUGUUUGGUGGCCCGGGAUAGACGCUGCUAUUGAGGAGUGGGUCCACCGCUGCAACCUGUGUCAAGAAUCACAGCCGGAAAUGCCCCAGGCGCCAGUACACCACUGGAAGUCCACACAUACACCAUGGUCGCGAGUCCACAUAGACUUUGCCGGUCCAUUCCAGGGCAAGGUUUUUUUAAUUGUCGUGGACUCAUACUUUAAAUGGUUAGAGGUGUUGACAGUAAACUCCAUGAUGUCACGAGUCGUCGUAAAGUUGCUGCGGCGGGUCUUUACCACUCAUGGGCUGCCAGACACGCUCAUUUCCGAUAAUGGAGCACAGUUCGCCUCCGCGGAAUUCCGGGAGUUCCUGCAGGCUAACCUGAUCCGUCAUGUCACCUCAGCCCCGUUCCACCCGGCCACCAACGGACAAGCGGAACGGAUGGUGAGAUCUACCAAAGAAGCAUUGGGAUGCCUAAUCCACGGGGACUGGGAUAUGAGGCUGGCAGACUACCUGCUGUUCCAGCGCAUCACACCAUGCACCACCAUGGGAAAGAGCCCCGUGGAGCUGCUGAUGGGGCGCCGACUGAAGUCUCUUCUCGAUCGCAUCCACCCAGACCUUACAUCAGAGCGUCACCCUGUGAGGGUCGACACAACCGCACCCAGAGUGGUAGCUAUGGGGGACACUGUUUACGCCCGGAACUAUGGCCCGGGCCCGGCCUGGGUUCCCACAACCGUACGGGAUGUGACCGGCCCUGUGUCCUACCGGGUAGUGAUUCCGGAGGGCCGAGUACUCAGGCGCCACAUCGGCCAGCUUUGGCGCCAGCUUCCAGACUGGCCCAUCUUCGAUGGUGUCCUGGCAGCGAGGGAGAGAGAGUGGGUCAGAGAACGCCCAAGCAGAGGUUUGGGGAAAUCCCGUCUCCCGGGAAGAGGAGCAUAG